UCUUAACGUGGGUGCUUGAAGAGCCAUGUGUGCGUCGCGCUCACUGUGGCUGAAGUUUGUCUGCUCGGCGCUGCUGCCGCUCAUUACAGCAGGAACACGGCGCUUCACACACUGAGGAUGGCAGUUUGCGCAAACCACGUUGGGAAAGUGGCGGACAGCUGUUGCAGAAGGCGGCGAUCUUCACUGCCCGCGGCGUCCUGAAGGCUCCUCUCCGGCGGUGACUCUCUCUCUCUCUCCCUGCACUUCUUCGCUAAGAUGAAUACGGUCUACAUCGCCAUUGAAUUGAUCAUCGCCGUUUUGUCGAUAGCGGGCAACGUGCUGGUGUGUUGGGCCGUAUCCAUCAACUCCACUCUCAAAAACGCCACCAAUUACUUUCUGGUGUCGCUGGCCGUGGCCGAUAUCCUGGUGGGCUGCCUCGCCAUCCCCUUCGCCAUCACCAUCAGCAUCGGACUCUGCUCGGACUUUUACGGAUGCCUUUUCCUGGCCUGUUUCGUGCUGGUUCUCACUCAGAGCUCCAUCUUCAGCCUGUUGGCGGUGGCCAUCGACCGAUAUUUGGCCGUCAAAAUUCCUCUAAGGUAUAAAGAGCUGGUCACAGGAAAGAGGGCAAGAGAGAUCAUCACCAUCUUAUGGAUUCUGUCCUUUAUCAUUGGCCUCAUCCCAUUCGCAGGCUGGAACAAAAAAGGCAGCGCCUGCAGUAGAAUCUACAACGAGUGUGUUCCGUUCGAAAACUUCACCUCCAGUAAUGGAGAGGGAUUGGCGACAGAGUGGGGCUUCUUUCAGAGCUGCCAACUCCCGUGCCAAUUCGAAAACGUGGUGGACAUGCGCUACAUGGUCUACUUCAACUUCUUCGGCUGUGUGCUGCUACCCUUGCUCAUCAUGUUGGGCAUCUACGUCAAAAUAUUCACGGUGGCACGCAAGCAGCUCCGGCAGAUUGAACUCAGGAGCACAGUGGGGAACGGCGAGAGCCACCACCACGGGCUGCUGCAGCGUGAAAUUCGCGCUGCCAAAUCUUUGUCCUUCAUCGUGGGGUUGUUUGCCCUUUGCUGGCUACCCGUACACAUCCUUAACUGCCUUACGCUCUUCACCGAGCUAAACAAGCCUGACUUUGUCAUGUACGUGGCCAUUAUCCUCUCACAUGCCAACUCAGCCGUCAACCCCAUUAUCUACGCCUACCGCAUCAGAGAGUUCAGGCACACCUUCCGCAAGAUCAUAGCACGCCACUUCCUGUGCCGACGGGACGAGAUAUACCUUAGCUCCAAUGGGAGCAGCCGAAAAACAGACCAAGUAAACAUGACCAUUGAUCCCCUGUUAUAGCCACGGGGAUCUAUAUAUGUUAUUUUAGUCUAACUUAUUUUAACCGUAUCCUUAGUCAGUCAUUCAAAAGAUUUAUGGUGUACUGUCACCAUACGUUUAUAUGAGGAGCAAUGUUUACUGACCAGAGAAUAGCUGCAAAAUAUCUGACGGGGGUAUUGAGGAAUAUGCCCAGAAUGUGGACCACCAGGCUAUUUAUAAGGACAAAAAAGGACCCUUUAUUAUAGAAGGAGGCCAAUAUGCUCUUUUAUCACUACAACGCCAGUGGAAAUACAGGAGUUCCUUAUCUUCAAUCUGACAAACUAACAAGCUUGAACAAACUUUACACUUCAUUCCAAGCCUUAACAGACAGAUGUCUGAAACAAACCAGUCAAAAUGCCUCUAAACUUGGUUUAAGAGUUGACUCGUGGCCCUGGACAGAUUCAGCCACGUUGGGUCAUGUCGGGUUGGUAAUAAACAUACCAUAGAAAGCAGAAAUAUCUGGAAAGCACCAAUGUUUAUGGUGUGGCAUCACCAGUAGCUCAUCUUGAAGGAACUGACACGACUUGUGAACAACCCUGAGGAACAAUGCACAGCCAGAUGGAACAUAAACCAAUCACACUGUCAUGGUGAAAGGUAUAAUGGAGGGGGUUUUAACACCUGACUUGUGACUUUUAUUUUUGAAGUGCCAUGUUUGAAUUUUUAAGACCUUUUUAAUCAAUCUUCACAAUUUAGAAGGUUGCUUUAGAAAGCUCAGGAAAACCACAGAGGGAGGGUAGGCAGACAUGAAGUGUCUUGAGGAAAUUCAUUGAAGUUCAAAGAAAAUCAAGCUGUGGUCCGUUGAGAAAGAUAACAGUAAGUAAAUUGUUGAUUGUUAGAGAGAGAAUUUUAUACAUCAGGCAGUUCUUCUGUUCCUGGAAUCCGCCAGUAUUGUGGAUAAACUGUUCCCAUGUUCUGUUGCUCAUGAGUGACUUCGUAAGACUCUAGGAAUAAGCUGCUUUGCAGGACACAAAAAGCAAAUUUCCACAUUUGCGAGUGGCACUUUUAGCUGAACCGUUACACAUGCGCUUAUUUUUCUCUGUCUCUCUUGCACACACUGAGUGGCCCCAGCUGCACUGGUGCCGGACUUGCAGGGGAUUUGGUGUUUUCUCUUUCUGCGGGUGCGUCACUGCCCCCAGGGACCCGGUUUGUCAUUGAAUGUUCAACUGCGACAAACUAUACAGGCCAAAAGCAGAGAGCCUGGAGCAGAGAGUGUCUGCAGCACAGAGCUGUAGAGUGUCACCUCUGAUCCAGGCUAGGAGUUGGCUGCCACUUGAACACGUUCUACUGUUGAUACUGUGUAUCUUUAGUCACUGCUUGCUGCGCCCCCCUUAUACUAUGCCCCAGUUGAUCAAAAUUCAGACUGCUCAGAGAUAUCAUAUACCAAGUAACAAUGCCCGUUCUGUUAAAAGCUAUGACUAUUUGAGUCGAAGGCAUUUGAGAAUGUAAUUACGACGUGAAUAAGCGCUUUGAUGGGACUGAACACUGACAGACCUAAAUGUUAUCUCACUUUCAUCGUAGGCUAGCAAUUUGCUUUGCAUAUUUGAUGAAUGGGAGUCUUUUAUUAUUAAAAGCAGACAAUUACUGCACAUUAGGGUGUGAAAGAACAUCAGCAUUCUUUUUCGGGAGGUCUGAAGUUCAACACAAAACAUCAACCACACCACUACUUCUGAAUUGCACUGAGUGUUUUCAGGCCCACUUCAAAAGGGAGCUGAUUAAAAGCAGUUCCUUGGCUUUUCACAGCACAUUACUUAAUAGCUCUGUAAUGAUCAGAAUGCCCGAUUCUUUUUUAACAGCACACUGACAAACACUUGCCUUUUCCAGCUUUAAUAAAUCUAUCACUCUCUUAGGCUGCAAAUGGUCAGAUGUGUCUGGCUGAGCUAGGCCACGGCACUGAUGUGUGGUCGGACAUGUUCUCGUCAGAUAUGAAAAACUGACUGUAUGCGCUAGAGCAAUGGCAGAUGGGGCUGUGGUAAAAGUAGCUUCAUCGAGCGAAAGCUGGUGCUUUUGGAGGGGGUGAGGCAGAUAAACAUGAAGAGGCAGAAUUUGAGUAGCUCUGUAGGUUCUAAACAAAAUACAAAUACAUUUGUUUCAUUACUACUUCUAAAGGGCUAAACUGCAGGAGUGUGCCAAAUUUACUGGACAUUCCCAUGGAGACCAAUCUGUACUGCACUGUACUGGUGUUACUGUCAUUUUAUUCCUUUAGUAAUCUAUUUUUAAUUUGGUGAACACAGUGAAUAGGAAAAAGCCUUCCAGUUAAUUUCAAGCAUAACUACUCAGUUAAGUAAAAGAUCUUCUCUAGCUCUAACAAUCAUGCCCUUGGAAGAGAGCAAGAAGGGGGAAAAUACUUUUUUCCAGGUGUAAUUCUGACACGUGCUACAGGAUUUGCCACUAAUCAGCAUAUACUGUGGUUCACAAUUGUUGUUCAGUGCUUUUAAGUGUUGAAGUGUUACCACAGUGAAUUUGUCAGCUGUGUACUGUUAUUUAACAUGAUUCUGUAUGUUUGGUGACAUUUUGUAAAUAAAAGUUGUUUUAUAUAAAAAAUUAGCCCCUUGAUUGCUUUAAAUGGAAUAAAAAUGAUAUUAUGUGGCCUGAAAAAUCUUAAACCAUUAAUAUAUUUAUUGUGUUCUGACAGUAACUAGUUCAAUGUGUUGGCAGGCUUCCUUCAAACAAACACAAGCACUGCUGUGGUAAAGAAGCCAAAGCCAAAGAGAACAGGCCAGGCGCUAGCAGUCAAUGAAGGAAAAAAAGCAUGUCAAGUGGUUUCCAAAAAACACAUAUGAUUGAAAAUUAAACCACUGCUGUUAACCUGGCUAUGUUCUCUGACUAAACACUUUGUGUAGCUUCCACAGCAUGCAUGACACAACAUACUGUCUGAUAAAAAGAUUUGCAGAAUAAAAGGCCUUGAACUGCUCAUGCAAAUGCUAAAAAUACUGAAAUUUUUUUUGUUUGUUGUACAGGGUGCUGACCCUUCGAAUAAAAGGAAGCUACAUAUGGCAGAUGCUCAAUGAACAGAUGUACAAUCUCUGGAAACCGAUUAAAUGAGUUCACUCACUCACACAAAACUGGUCGCCUGGGAUACAUUUGUGU